UGUGCAUCCUAGCCGGCCGGUUGUGGAAAGGUUUUGGAAGGGUAAUUUUCGUGUCUACCUCACUUUUGUAAUCGAUUAUAUCUUAAAAAUGGAAAGGUUGCCACUCGGGUCAAACUAACUCGUCAUUAUUAUGAUAAGCUUAAAGCAUUUGAGAACGCCCAUGCAAGCCAUUCGGAGGGGUCAGGCAAAAAUCAUCAUUCGUAGCCGUCGAAAUGUAAAGCCAUCAUCAGAAUUUUUCCAAAUACUCCCAGAUUUCAUCGAGAUCUAUGAAGAUUCUCACCAAGAAAGGCCCACUCAGAGGCAAAGACGACAACUGCUUCUGGGGCACUUGUUUCAAGGUUUAAACUUCCACAAGCAAUUCAGAAAUUGUCAACUUUCUCCACUGAGCAAAUGUUUCAGUACACAUGCACAUCAGUUUGAAGAGAUCCACCUACAGAAUGCAGAGCGCCGAGAACCAAGUUGGGAGUUAACUGAGGUUUCAAGAAAUUCUCCUGGACUGUUUGCAGGCUUCCUUUCUCUGGAGCAAGAGAUUCUGAGAAGGUUAAAAAACAAUGAGGACUCGGCGAAAACUCAUAUGCAAAAUAAUAUCAAGAAUGUAGCCUGUGCAAUCCAGCUGAGACAGCAGUAUAAGAAACCAGUUCCUGAAAGAAUUCAUCCCAUGGAUCUGGAUUAUCUUCUGAGCCUCAAAACGAAAUCAAGCAGAAAUAAACAGUUGAGUUUCUUGGCGAGAAAGGAACAUUUAAAACACAAACAGGCUGAAGAGAAACUUAUAAAACACAAUCUCAAAACACUUGAGAAAAAUUCCUCAGUUGAGACAAGGUUGAUGACUGUGAGGAAUUGUUUCCUCCGACAUGGGGUAUCUGUCUCUGAAGCGACUGCUCAUCAGUGGAACCUGGUCAGGGGUUUGAUGUUCGGUCAGCCCAUCAUGUUUGAUCUGAGCUACGAGGGCUUCAUGGAUCGCCGCGAGGUUGUCAACACUAUCAUGCAGCUCGGCCUCAUUGUCAAAAUCAACAAAACACUGCCAGAUCCUUUUCACAUCCACUUUGCAAACAUACCGCAGGAUGGCUUGAUUGAGAAGGAGUUUAAGCGAGUCUACGGUGACCAGGUCGACAGUUUGAUGGUCAGCAUUUCAAAUAAAAGUCCUCAGCGUCUAUUCGGGGAUGAAGAUCUCGUCUAUCUCUCAGCCAACUCGCCAAAUAUACUCACAGAGUAUGACUCGAGCAAAGUGUACAUCAUUGGUGGGUUUGUCGACAGGAGAGUGAAAAGUAACAUUUCUCUCGGCAAAGCUGAAGAGAGUGGCAUCCCUCAUGCUAGACUUCCAUUGGACGAGCACCUUAUAUGGCACAAGAGCACAAAGAACUUAACAUUGGACCAGAUGAUGUGUAUCUUGAGUGAGCUCAAGUUGUCUGGUAACUGGCACAGUGCCUUGAAGCAUGUACCUCAGAGAAAGCAUCUUGGCAGUAGAUGAGUAGAGUCUACAAAAAAUCUUCUUUUUCAAACUUGAUUCAACUUUUUGACAUACAUGUACUUAAAAUAUUGAUUUCUAAGUCAUUUUGCUGGAUUUCAAAUAUAGAUUUUAGAUGUAAUAAUCACGCAAAGUAUUACAUGUAUGUGUAUUCUACAUAAUAUAGUACUUGUGGGUGUUUAAAGGCAGAAUAUAUCUUUGGUUUUUGGUACUUUGGGAGUUAUUUAAUCCUAUAAAUGAGUAUAAAAUUAAAAUAACCUGUGUAAAUUUCAUUUCAAAAGAUGGUCAGGUUUUGAAAUAAUCACCAAAUAAUAUACAGGGCAAAUAUUUCCUUGCGGGAAGUAUUAUCCCUAUUAUGGGAAUAUUACACAAUCUGAUACAAACUUUGAGGGAUAAAAACUGACAUCUUUUUACAAACCAAAGUGAAGAAAUGUUCCUCAAAAUGUUAUUACGUUUAUACUUGUACUAUCAAAAGCUGCUGUAGGCUUCUUGCCAAAAGUUGUUACCGCCAUUAAUUUUUAGAGUGGUUACCAAAGUUUACUUCCCUUUUGAGUUUAUGAGUUUGUUUUGUAUAAUUAAAUAGUAUAAUGCAAUGAUGUCAUGAAUUUAAUUUACUUGGCAUUUAUGUUUAAAUAGCUGGUUUGGUUGGUUAUUGUCAAAGACAAGUACAUGUACAUGUAUUCUCACUUGGUGUAUCCCAACAUAAAAUAACAAAUCUGUG